AUGAUUGCGUUACAACAUCGGCCUAUCUUGCCGCCCGCCAAAGUGGAUAUCUCACUGCUACUCAAGCCCCAAGAUGAGGAUGAAGCCCCGGGCAUUCCUACGUCUCUCUAUCCACCCAGAUCCAUUUCGGGGCUCUCGGGGCUACCUCCGGUCUUGACAGGCCCAUCCCCCAGCGUGAUCCCACCACCGCUGAUCAAGACCGGUCCAACAGGAUCGGCAAAGCGGUUGCAACCUGCGCACACAGCCGAGUCACCGGCCAAGAAGCAAUCCAAAUGGUCUCCCGAAGAAGACGCCCUUAUCAUCGAGCUGCGGGGCAGCGGGAUGAAGUGGGAGGAUAUCAGCAAGCGACUGCCUGGCCGCAGCGCGAUUAGUUGUCGCCUUCACUAUCAAAACUACCUUGAGCGCAGGAGCGAGUGGGACGAAGACAAGAAGAACAAACUAGCAAGGCUGUACGAACGAUUCAAGGCGGAAAUGUGGUCUAAGGGAGAACAGGAAAUGGCCCGCCGCGCAGGCGUGGUGCCCUUUUCCUUAUCCAGCACUGCCAUUGAUCCCCCCACCACCAGAACUCGUCGAGCGAGCACCUCUCUAUCCCGACCACGAAAGACUUCCCUCUCACGCGCUAUCCCCGGUCACCCUCCCGGCAUGCCACCUCAACUGCCGUCCCUCGAAGAGCUGACCGCCGGUGUGCCCGCAUAUGCACCACCUGCCCCGCCCCCGCCAAGAGAGUUUUAUGGAAUCGGACGCCCAUCAGAGAUGGGAAUCCCCCCCGCCAGGCCUCAUGGGUCCUCAUCUGGGAAUGCCCCCACGAACCCUGCCCUAGGAUGA